AUUAUUAUUAUUUUUACAACCUAUAUACCAGUACAUUGGUUUUAAUUUUGCUUUUUAUUUUAAAAGAUAAAUAAAGCAGGCACACUGUUCAUUUAAAUUAUUGACGAUUUUUAUUAAUCAUGCUUGACAGCCUAGUCAUACUAACACAGAGAUUGUACAGUUUUGAAUAGUCUUCUUUUUUUUUUUUUUUUUUUUACAGAAAAUUUACGUCUCAGCUAUCAUAUUUCAUUAAUGAUUUUUUUUUCUCAUUCUCUUUUUUUUUUUUGCCAUGCCAAAGUAGACAUUUCAGAGGAGAAAUCCAACUUUGAUCAGCUUCCACAUGUUUGUUUUUCCACCAGGACUGUCCCAGCAUUCGGAUGCAUUUAUCACUAGAUACUAUUAACAUGGUGGAUGACAGCUGCCCCUCUCCAGGCAACUUCCAUGAGAUGGUAAAAGGAACGGUGGUGUCUGUUGGGACCCAUGUCCACAGCAUUGAUGUGAUCCUGGGCUUCACAAAGGACCCCGUGCCCUUGCUCAAUCCAGGAGUCAACGUUGUACCUCCUGAAGUUACUGUGGAAAGUCCAGGGGAUGCAGGAAAGCAAGAUCACAUCGUGCACGCUUAUGGCACUGUGUCUCCGAGAGACAAAUCAGAGCUGCCUGCUUUUCAUGGUCAGUUCCUCAUGGUACCCGAAACAUUUUCUGACAUAUGUAAGUCUGAGCGAAGAGAGGUGUGGAAAACGGCUGAGAGUGACGGGAAUUCUCCAGAGCAGUCGGAUGUGGAGCAACCGAAGAAAAAGCACCGGCGAAACCGCACCACCUUCACCACAUACCAACUCCAUGAGCUGGAGUGCGCCUUUGAGAAGUCUCACUACCCUGAUGUGUACAGCCGUGAGGAGCUCGCCAUGAAGGUCAACCUCCCUGAGGUCCGAGUACAGGUGUGGUUCCAGAACCGUCGUGCCAAAUGGAGGCGUCAGGAGAAGAUGGACGCCAGCGCUGUAAAGCUUCAUGACUCGCCUAUGCUCUCCUUCAGUCGACCACCCAUGCACACCAGCAUGAGCCCCAUGAGUAACUCGCUGCCCCUGGACCCUUGGUUAGCGUCUCCCCUGAACAACACUACACCAAUGCAUGCUAUUCCAGACUUCAUGGGGUCUGCACAGGGUCUGCAGGCCGGAUAUCAAAGCCACAGCUUCCUGAACCCCCCUCAGGUCAUGAACCAAAGUGUGCAGCCCAUGGCACCCCCUCCGUAUCAGUGCCCUCCGGUGUUUACUGAUAAAUUCUCCCUGGAGGAAGUUGACCAACGCAGCUUCAGCAUCACCGCGCUGAGGAUGAAAGCCAAGGAACAUAUUCAAUCCAUGGACAAAACAUGGCAGUCCAUGUGACAGGGCUGAGCCAAAAACCAUAAAGGUGUUAUGCUUUGCUGCAUUAUAACAGUAUAUGAAAUAAACAGAUAAAACUGAGGACAGAGGGAGUAAAGUGACAAAAUCUGACAACAAUGAGCUCAUUAAACUUUCAGUGAAAUGAUGAAACCUAAGGACGUGUGGUAUUCGGACUGCAUAGAACACAUAAGAAAGCAAUUUUUAUGAUGAGCUUAUCCUGUGUUAAUUUUCUGAAAGCUGACCCAAAUGGUAUUGUAGGCUUUAAAUCUGCUGCUUCCUCCCUCAAUCUAGGCUGUUAAUUCAGGUGAAGAAUCUGAUGGUAAUAAGCUGGAUACCAUGUUUAUUUAUAUUUUUGUCUGCCCUUAGGUGGCUUCUUGGAAAAAAGAAAACGAACCAUAGAGCUCGCCAUAUGGCUGGAAUUUAUAAUGAAACUGUGUAUAUUGUCAUUUUUAUUUCCUUUUGUAAUAUACUUAAUUCUGUUCUUCAAGAGUAGCCCAAUUAAUUGCUUAUUUCCUUCUCUUCUAUGAAGAAGACAUUUAGUUGCACUUGUUAGAUCUCUAAACCACUCAACAAACAUUCAAAUCAGCUAAAUGUGUUAUCCAGUCAGUUUAAGUCGAAACAAGAAAGCUAAACUGAGACAUAUUACCAGCAUGUAGCCAGGUCAGCUUUUCACUGUCAUCUAGAAAAUGACAGCAUGCUGAGCACAGUAAUGUCCCAAAAACUGAAAACUGAUCAAAACAAGUCAAAAGAAGGGCUUGCUAGCACAGCCACUAUAUCACUGUUGAACUAUCUAUUAAAAGCAAUAUGUUGUUUCUUUUGCAAUAAAUUACA